CGAAUCCACAAUGACGAGGGAGGGGGCGAUUUUAAGCAAAUCUGGGUUUCCGGGUUGGAGGCUUUUGCCAAAAACACUUGACGCUCGGAGAAAGGCUCUGAGAUUUGGUCAUGCUGAAGGCAAUCUGAAAUUUCCCCAUGACUACACUAAUAGGUGCUGUUCCAGGUGAACUUGAAAAAGGGGCAGACUGCGCAAGCCUUUUUGGCAGCUGACACGUUGAUCAGUAUGUCAAUCAAGGUUAAAGCGAUCGUCCGUUAAAUGCUGCUAAAAGCCCAUAAAUCUUGAACUUUGAAUGACAGAUGUGCGGAAUUGGAAUUUUUGACAAUACUUUAGGGAAAUUAGCUUUUACAGAUAUGACGCAAUGGUUGCAUAUCUGAUAUGUGCAGACAGUUCGGACUCGAGUUGUGUACAGUUUUGUACUUGGUGCGAAGGUUGUUGGUAACUAUGAGCACACCUGUGUAUGAUCAUGCCAGGAUCCAUGCAUACUUCUGGGCAGGAUGACCACCAGGACACAUGCAACUCACAGGAAGAAAAUGCACAAAAUUCAAAGAAGGAAGAGAAGAUACUGGGAAAGAAAUCAUGCAACAAGCAGGAGGUGAACCACCAGCCAUUAUUAAGUACAAAUGUAGCACAUCUUAUUGCUGCCAUACUUGUUAUCAUCCUGGCUGUCAUUGCCACCAAGGCUGGCACAUCAAACUCUGAUGACCUGAAAAAGCACCUGCUGGUAAUUUAUGAGAAGUACAUCAUGUUUUGGCGCAGUGCGCCGGCCGGCCACGGCCGGCCCCUCGGCCACCACCAGCCACCGCUUGCAGAACCCAUCGACGUGCUGGAGGAGUUCCCACACCCCGAGGAGUUUUAUCGGCGCUACACGAAACCACGGCGUCCGGCCAUCUUCCGCGGCCUGGCCCGGCUGCAUCCAGCCUUCCAGCGCUGGACUGACGACUACCUAAGGAAAGAGUUCGGCAAUUUAAAUGUUGACGUCGAAGUCAAGAAAAAAGAAGAUAGAGGGCAAGGAUCACUCGACAUGAGUUUUGCACAAUAUCUGUCUAUAUACAGCAAAGAAGACUACUACAUGGUGUAUAGUGUUCCGGAAGAAAUGCACGGGGACCUGAUCGUGCCGCGCAGCAUACAGUGCGGUGGUCUGCAGCACAUGCUGAUGGACGUGGUGCUCUGGUUCAGCAGUGGCGGCACGCGCUCCGUGCUCCACUACGACGAGCUGGACAAUAUCAACUGCGUGCUCGACGGCUCCAAGCAGUUCUUUCUCGUGGACGCGGAGCGUGGAUCGAGCCAUAUAGAGUUUGAUCAUAUGGAAGGGCGUUACUCAUCCGUGGACGUGCAGCACGUUGACAUGUACAAAUUCCCAGGUCUCCGGGACGUCCCCUGGUAUAACGUGACUCUAGAGAAGGGCGACUGCUUCUACCUGCCGUACAAAUGGCCUCACCACGUGCGCUCCUCCAAUACCAGGAACAUGGCUGUGAACUUUUGGUUUACCCGCAUGCUGUGGAUGAACGAGACCGACUGUGCGGGCAAACAGCUGAGCCACGUGACUAGCAUGGCCGACUUCGUCACGCGAGAGCCGGCCUCUCUUCGCAAGGCCGACAUCAUCAGCCAAGCGGAGGGGUACGAGCAAAUGACGCUGCUCUCCUUCACGGACAUCUUCUCGGAGUACACGACUGACGGGCCGAAUGCCACUGAGGAGGCGUUUGACACUCUAGACGCAGACGGCGACGGCCUGCUGGACAUCGCAGAGAUGUACGCCUACGACACGGCGCGCUUCCUCCGUCUCUUCCCGAGCUUCCCCAUGGAAGACUGAACUGAGACCAGACGCGGGCUGCGGGGGAGGCCAGGCGGGGGCUGCGGAGGAGGCCAGGUGCGGGCUGAAGAGGAGGCCAGACGCGGGCUGAGGAGGAGGCCAGACGCGGGCUGCGGAAGAGGCCGGAUGCUGGCUGAGGAGGAGGCGAAAGCGGGACGAGCGUGACUGGUGGGGUGAUGUCGCCCCCCGUAGAGGGGUCUGGACUCCGGGUAGACGGACCACAUGUGGAAAUGCGUCUAGUAGCUGUGACGCCUACGAUUUUGGUGCGGGUAAUUCUACGCCAUUUGGUCUGGAGGGUAUGUGGAUGGACGGUGUCUUUCCCCUGGGAAUCUCUCUUUCCCCCUAGCUUGGUGAGACAGUCUGUCUCAUUGAUGCAUGAUGCGUUCGUAGAUGACCUUUUAUCUUCAGAGACAACAGAUGCAGGGAUCCCAUCACAUAAAUGGACUGUGUAAGAGUAUCAGUGAGGUUACUGACAGCGGAAGGUGUUUGGGCUUUCUUUUAUUCCGUCCCCACUUUCUAGUACUGCCUGCUAAUGUUCUCCGUCCACCAGUAUCUGCGACCUUUUGAAAUGCAUGGCAGGUGAGUUUGCUGUGGCUUGCUGUGGCUUGCCUCUUGUUCAGAGUCGGACAUUUGCUAAAUAGCUGUUUAGCGUAAUUGCUGUGGGAAUAGUUAAGAUGGGGCUUGUUAUUGUGAUAAGCUGAUUGACGCCCCUUUCCUCAGCUUAAUUUCGAUUGAAUGCGGUGCCUUAGCCCGGUGAAUCAGACUGCGCGACGCAUGUUGAGUGGGAGGCUGGAAUAUGCCUGUCCCCGUAAGAUAUAUGAUUUUAGCAUGGGCUUAUCAACAGUUUUAGAAUGGCCUUAUCGUUCUGAACUCGGAUACCUGCCCCGGUUAGUGGAAUCUGGCUGUCAUAGCACAGACGAUUUUUAGCAGACCUGAUCCGUUGUUAGCUGAAUGUCCUAUUCUGGCGGAACACCAAUGGUCAUUAGCUUCAGCGUGCAUGUCAGCAACGACGGUACAGGUCUAGAUUGUAAUGCAGUGCAAGUCAGCCGCACGCAUCCGUGUGAAGGGAAGUGUUCACCCGCUACCUGAGCACACGCUGGGAUGAAAGCCUGUGGACGAGUCAGCAGACUGCCUUGUUGCGCUCAGCCGGCCGUGUGCACUGAUCAGACGAAGUGGGCUGGCAAUGGUCUGCCUGUCGGCUGACCGGUUGCUCCAGUGCUGAGAAUGGUCGGGCGCCGGCACACGUGCCAAAUGUAAUCAAGCGCCCGCGAGCAGGGCGGUGCGUUGUCGCGUGUUCGGCCGGCUUGCGGCGGCUCGAGGCGGUUGGACUGCUAGCUCGAUCCAUCAUGCGUGACGCUCAGCCAGCUAGACCGCUGUGGAAUGAUAUAGUGCAUCUAAUUACGCCGCGACGGUGCGUGCUGGGUCGCGAAGCGGGUCAAUACCAGUUCAUCGGGGACUGCAGGCGUGGUGGUAUGAUUGCAUGUCGUGAUGCUGAUAAUCAUCACGAAGCACGUCGGCCAGCUGUUCUGAGUAAUGGCGCCGGGACAGCUGACGUCAUUAUGUCAAAGUGUAUGAAACUCGGAGCUGUGCCCAGCAUUAAUAUCGACCCGCCUAUGUAUGUGCCAUAAGGCUUGUAGAAGGAACUAAAGAACGUUUGUCAUGAAGUCAGUCUUAGUCCACACCAGGCCGCGGUGCGUAAGGUAUUUUCCCUACGAGCAGCAUUGUGGAUAAUGUCAUCGAUUGCGCACUGGUCAAGAGGCAUGCGGGGUUGAUUUGAGGGGCCCAGGCUUCUGGCCGUACUAGGAGCCAGUUACAAAGGCGGUAUGAGCUAGAUGAGUCGUGUCAGGGUGCAACUCUGGAUGUACAUACCCGCGUUUGAUCUAGAGCCAGGUGUUUGCGUAGGACCGGCGCUUCUUCGCUGUCGGGCGAGUUGAUCGUUUUGCUCUUGAUUGAUGGCAUGGAAAGUACAUCAGAGACAAAACUGGCAAUGGCAGUGUUUUGUCCAUUGGCUCGGAUAGAUUCAGAAAUGAUUUUGCACAUGGUUUUUGACGGUUUGUGGGCCUAGCAUAGCGUUCACGGGCAGUUGCACAGGACGCCGGUUUUGCCGCUUUUAAGGGGCUAACAAUGAACAGACUAGUUUUAAGAUUGUCUUGCGUCGCAUAACCUACACGACAAAACGCAAAAGAUCAUUACAGUAAUGCGACUUCAUGAUGUCCGUGCUGUUACCGUCGCUAAAGGCCCCGAUUAUUGGAGCCCUUGGAGCAGUCGUUACGCUGCGUGAUUGCAGACUAUAAACGCUGAGUGUGAGUGAUGGACCGCAAUGUCAUUCCCAUGACCCCUUGCGACGGUGUCCUCCGCGACGAUAUCGGACCAGUUGUAUAAUCGUGCUCAAUGCCACCUGUGAUGUGCGGACACGUGGGCUCCGCUGCGUGGCGAUGUGCGUUCUGGGGAUUAUUAAUAUACAAUGAAAGACCAUGUCGCAGAUUAAGCAU